AUGAGAGACCAGCACAAGCAAAGCCUGUUCGCACUCCUUGCCAUUAGCGGAUCAGCGCUAGGGCAGCAGUCUGCUUGGGGACAAUGUGGUGGCAAUGGAUGGACUGGCCAGACAACCUGCGUGUCUGGGUACUACUGCUCUGCUCAAAACGCUUGGUACUCGCAGUGCAUUCCAGGUUCGGGCGGUAGCGGGACUACCACUACCCUGAAAACUACUACAACUGCCGCCGGAACUACCUCGACCACGACGUCUUCAAGUUCUUCCGUGCCAACGGGCAAAGUCCGAUUUGCUGGUGUCAACAUCGCUGGCUUCGACUUUGGUAUGGUUACCAGUGGUACUCAGGACCAGAGUCAGGUCUAUGAUAUAUCAAGCGGCGGUGUCACUCAAAUGAGGCACUUUGUCAACGACGAUACCUUUAACAUUUUCCGCCUGCCGACGGGAUGGCAGUUCCUCGUUUCUAAUAAUCUCGGUGGCUCUCUGGACUCGAACAACUUUGGCAAGUAUGACACUUUGGUGCAAGGCUGUCUGUCACUGGGCGCUUACUGCAUCAUUGAUAUUCACAACUACGCCCGUUGGAAUGGUGCCAUCAUUGGACAGGGUGGUCCAACGGAUGCGCAAUUCGUCGCCCUUUGGACAGCGUUGGCAACCAAAUACAAGAGCCAGAGCAAGGUCAUCUUCGGCGUUAUGAACGAGCCUCAUGAUCUCGAUAUCAAAACCUGGGCUGCUACGGUACAGAAGGUUGUUACUGCGAUCAGAAAUGCUGGGGCCACGUCUCAAAUGAUUUUGCUCCCUGGUACAGACUACACCAGUGCUGGAAACUUCAUUGACAAUGGCUCCGGUGCUGCGCUUGCAGCGGUGGUCAACCCGGAUGGGUCUACUACCAAUUUGAUAUUUGACGUUCACAAGUACCUCGACAGUGACAACAGUGGCACCAACGCCGAGUGCACAACCAACAAUGUCGGCGUAUUCAACAACCUCGCAACGUGGCUACGCUCAAACAAGCGACAAGCUAUUCUUAGUGAGACUGGCGGCGGUAAUGUCCAAAGCUGCGCAACGAACAUGUGUCAGCAGCUUGAUGCCCUCAAUGCAAACUCGGAUGUUUAUCUCGGUUGGACCUCGUGGAGCGCCGGAGCCUUCCAGACAUCCUACGUUCUGUCUGAAGUGCCGACCAAUAACGUUGAUACAUACCUCGUUCAACAGUGCUUUGUCCCCAAGUGGAAGAAAUGA